GCUGCAAAGAGGCAAAGAGAAAAGAACACCAUGGCAGACUACGGACGACGCUCGGGCGACGACGCCGACGAGAGCCGUCCGCUGCUGCACGGCGACGACGAGGUCGACGACAUCGAUGACCGGCGCGGCUCGCUGUGGCACCGCAUCGUCGCGCCCCUCAAGCAUCCCGAGUCGCUGCGCCCGCUCGAAAAGGCCCUCCUGCUGCUUUCGCUGCUCCUGCUCCUCCUCUUUUCCGUCUUUGUCGGCCUCUAUGCCGGGACAAAGUCUCGCCUGGACCACAUUGGCGGCGGCGGAAGAGAUGGCAAUGAUGGGAAGGUGCCUGGCAGCCCUGGCGGAGCGACUACAUGCACCUCGCAGCGCUGCGUCCUCGCCGCCUCGGACAUCCUCCACGCCAUCGACGAGACGGUGGACCCCUGCGACGACUUUUAUGCCUUCUCGACCGGUGGAUGGCUGCGCGAGCACCCCAUCCCGGGCGACUCGGGUCUCUUUGGCAUGGCGCAAAAGAUCACGAGCGACAAUGCCCAGAUCAUCAAGGACAUUGUCGAAGUUGGCGAUGACGAGAAAAAACUCCACCUUUCUGGAAACAGCGAAGAGGACCGCAUCGACGCGCGCAGCCAGGCCAAGCUCCGCGAUUUCUUCCAGUCGUGUAUGGACCUGGACGCACAGGACCGCGCGGGCGACGGACCCCUCCUCGACGUCAUCGACGAGCUCCGCGAGCGCCUGGUCGGCAAGGGCGACGAGCCGCUGUUUGCCACGCUUGCAAGGCAGAUUGACGACACGCCCGUGCCCCCCAACCAGCCCCCAAGCCGCUCGCCCCGGCCUCACCCGCCCACCAAGUCGCCAGGUCCCCUGCCCCCCGCGGCGGGUGGCCGCCAGAAGCGCAUCACCGAGGCCCUCGCCUGGGCCCACGCCCGUGGCCUGCCUGCCUUUUUCGAGUGGGACGUCCAGGGCGAGCCAGUCAAGGACCCGGCCUUUGGGACCGCAUACCUGGGACCCUCUGGCCUGGGCUUCCCCGACAAGGCCUACUACGAUGACGAGGACGAAAUCGAAUUCUAUCAAAACGUCGUCGAGCAGUCGAUGCUGCUCCUCGACGAGGCUGAGCGCAGGCACAAGCAUGCCGGCUCCAGCGACAAGGUCGGUCACUCCAAGGCACCCAAGUCCAGCAACGGCAAGGCGGCCAAGAAGCUGGCCAAGCUCGUCGUCGAGCUGGAAAAGUCCAUUGCCAAGAUCACGCCCGAGGCAGAGGACCUCGAGGACCCCCUGGCGACGUACAACCCCACCUCGCUCCGCCAGCUGUCCUACCUCUUUGAGUCGGUCGACUGGCCCACGUACCUGUCGGCACUCUCGGUUCGCGUGCCCAAGAGCGUCAUUGUGCAGUCACCCUCGUUUGUCAAGUCGCUCGACUCGCUGCUCAGCCGGACAAAGACGCCCGUCAUUGAGGCCUACCUCGCCUGGACCGCACUCCGCACCCUGGGUCUCUACCUGGGCCCCUCGGUGCCGCUUCGCAAGCCCAUCGAUGCACUCGACCGCCGGUCCAAGGGUGUCGAUGAAGACGCAAAGGUGGACCGCGAGGGCUACUGCCUCGGCCGCAUCAACGAGGCCCUCGGCUUCAUGGCCGGCCGCUUCUUUGUCAAGGAGGCCUUUUCCCAAGACGCACGCCAGCAGGCCCAGAACAUCAUCGAGGGCAUCAUCACCGCCUUCAAGGAGCGCCUCCCCGAGCUCGACUGGCUCGACGACAAGACAAGGGCCAAGGCCCAGAUUAAAGCCGACGCCGUCACGGUCAAAGUCGGCUGGCCCACCUCGUCGCCCAACACGACAGACGCCGCCGACGUCGAUCGCUUCUACUCGGACCUCAAGGUGGACCGCAAAGACUACCUCGCCAAUUCGCUCUCGAGCCUGAGCCGCGAGGCCCGUCGCAGCUGGGCCCGCGUUGGCCGCAAGAUCGACAAGGGCGUCUGGGACAUGUUCCCUGCCGAGGUCAAUGCCUACUACAACCCGGGCAACAACGAAAUCGUCUUUCCCGCCGGCAUCCUCCAGCCCAUGUACUUUUCCGAAUUCUGGCCCGCCUACCUCCAGUACGGCGUCUUUGGCUCCGUGGCGGGCCACGAGCUGUCGCACGCCUUUGAUCCAGAGGGCAGGCUCUUUGACGAGCAAGGCCGACUGCACGACUGGUGGACCAAUGACACGGCAAAGGCCUUUGAGAAGCGCAAGGACUGCAUCGUCGACCAGUACGCUGGCUACACGAUCCCAGACACGCACGGCCGACCCCAGCACCUCCGGUCCAAGUUCACCAUCGGCGAAGACGUCGCCGACGCCGGCGGUCUCGCCCAGUCGUUCCGCGCGUGGAGGGACCACGUCGCCUCGACCUCCUCGGAGCCGGCGUCGAUCCUCCCAGGGCUCAACUACACCCAGGACCAGCUCUUCUUUAUCGCCUAUGGCAUCGGAUGGGCGAGAAACAUUCGCACACAGGAGGCCAUCCGCCGGCUCAGGACAGACCCGCACUCGCCGACAAAGUACCGCGUCAUUGGUGCGCUGUCCAAUGACUUGAACUUUAGGGAGGCCUUUGGAUGCAAGGCCGGCGACCGCAUGGUCAGGCCCGACGAGGAGCGCUGCUCCAUUUGGUAGCUUCUGCACUGCUAGUAGUUGUAGGAAUAACUUCUAAUCUAAAUUCUAGGGAUACGAAGGAUACGAAAAACAUGG